AUCACCGGCAUGAAAUAGUGUAAUUUUUAAAAAUUUAUCCAAUCUUAUCUUUCGAGCCUUAAUCCGUAGUUUUUAAGUUUUAAUAGAUCUAAUCCUGUCUAAUUUACCAUAAGAUUUCCCCCUCUUUUAUACCCUAAUUUUCUCCCAAUUUCUCUCCCAAUUUUUCUACCCAAAAUCUCUCCGGCCUCGUCCUGCUCGUCUUCACCACCAUCUUCGCUCCUCCCAGAGUUCCCGGCCGCCGUAUUCUAUUGUCUUGAUUGCGAUCGAGUCAUCGCUGAAGCUUAGUUGAUAAUUUCGCGACCGGAAGUGUAGCUACUUGUUGACUGCGGCACCGGAUCGGAGACUGGAAUUUGAUGUUGAAAGGAAAUGGCGAAAGAGCCACCGAGUUCACCUGGACCAUGGAUUCUUGAAGCUGUGCCUCUCAUUGUUGUCUUUCUAAUAGCAGCACACGUCUUUGCUCUGGUUUACUGGAUCUAUCGGCUUGCAACUGAGAAACAGCCACUGAGGACCAAAAAGCACUGAAAUAAUUUUAUCAAUUGAACUUCGCUCGUUCUUUAGAGGGAGGAAGCAUCAAAUAUCUUGACUUGGAAACUUCUCUUGUUACUACCGGCUUCUAGGACCAGUAUCGUCUACUUCACAUCUCAAUUGAAUUGAACAUAGGCUAACAGAAAUGCGUCCGCAAAUAGUAUUAUUUGGGGACUCCAUUACUCAACAAUCAUUCAGUUCUGGGGGAUGGGGUGCUUCUCUUGCUGAUACAUACGCCCGCAAGGCUGAUAUUAUGAAUCGUGGGUACGGUGGAUACAACAGUAGAUGGGCUCUGUUCUUGCUUCAUCAUCUUUUCCCGCUGGGAUCUGCUACACCACCUGUGGCUACAACUAUAUUUUUUGGAGCAAAUGAUGCAGCUCUGUUGGGUGGGACUAACGAAAGGCAGCAUGUGCCAGUUGAUGAGUAUAAGAAGAACCUAAAUGCAAUUGUCCAGCAUUUAAAGGAAAGUUCUUCCACCAUGUUGAUUGUUCUCAUCACUCCCCCACCAGUCGAUGAGGAAGGGCGCUUAGAAUAUGCCAGGUCCUUAUAUGGUGACCAGGCAACAAAGGUGCCCGAGCGAACAAAUGAAACAGCUGGAAUGUAUGCAGAUAAGUGUGUUGAACUAGCCAAAGAACUAGAUCUACCUUCAAUCAAUCUGUGGUCAAAAAUGCAGGAGACAGAAGGUUGGAGGAAAAAGUUUCUGCGUGAUGGAUUGCACCUGACAGCAGAAGGAAAUGCAGUGGUCUAUCAAGAAGUUGUUAGAGUUUUCAAUGAAGCUUGGCUGUCGGCCCCAAAGAUGCCCUAUGACUUCCCUCACCAUUCACAAAUUGACCCGAAAGACCCUGGGAAGGCCUUCCAGCAACUGUGCCUGGGCGUAUAAUAGCUUACUAAGUUUGAGAAGCAGUGCCGAUCCACAUAAGCUGCUCCGGAGAUAUCGAGGAGUUUGGGAGCUGGUGGCGAUCAAGUUAGGGGUUAGCAAAUUUGAUGAUACAUUUUCUUUCUUCUGUUGUAGUUUAAAUUAUAUGUAUUUUGAAUGUAAGUUGGUAAAUGCUGCUACCCUCAAUGAUUCUAUGAUUGGAAAAGUGAGAAAACUGAUUUCAAGUAACAAGUGCUGUAUUCUUUCCUGUCUAAAUAAGCCAUUAAUAUAAAGUACUCCCUUUGUCCCAUAA